AUGCCGCUCAGCUAUAAGGUCUUUUUCAGCAAACGCAACAGCGCUACCCGAACUGGCCCUGCAGGGUCCGAUCAUCUCAAAUGGGUUCCCACAAGUUCUACACUUAUAUAUGGAGAGAAGGACGCAGUUCUAGUUGAUUCUCAAUUGACCCUAGAAGCCUCCAAGGAAUUAACGAACUGGGUUGUGGCUAGCGGGAAAGAAUUAGUCGCUAUUUUUGUCACCCACUCACACGGUGACCAUUUCUUCGGCAGCUCCACACUUCUCAAACAAUUCCCAAAGGCCAAAGUGAUCGCUACACCGGAAGUGGUUUCUCGAAUGGCAUACGAAACAUCUCCGGAAAGAAUGGCAAGCUUAUGGGAAAAAUUGUUUCCUGGGCUACUUCCGAAACAAUUCGUUGAUGCGGAGCCUCUGGGUGGUGACGAGUUUGAGCUAGAAGGAGAGCAGUUAAGGGUGGUGAAAUUGGGACACACAGAUACGGAUGAAACCAAUGCACUGUGGGUCCCAUCAAUUGGAUUGGUGGUGGCAGGGGACUGUGUAUACGCCAACACUCAUCCGUACCUGGGCGAAUCAGGAACAGAAGAGGCCCGCGUUGAGUGGAUAAGGGCGUUGGAUAAGCUCGCAGCUUUGAAGCCUAAGGCAGUGAUUGGAGGCCAUAGUGACCCCAGCAAGCCCUUUGAUCCUGAAGCCAUUCAGGAGACCAAGUUGUACUUGGAAAACUUCAACCGAAUCGCAGCAAAAUAUCCCAAAGCUGAAGAUAUCUACUGGCGAAUGUUGGAGCUGUACCCAGAACGACUCAAUCCUGGAUCUGCCUGGGCUGGGGCACUUCUUGCAAAGCGGGACUGA